AUUUCUACUCCAGUACCAUCCUUCUUUUGCUUCAAUCAUGGCGGAAGCAGUGCAGCAGCAGCUCGAGCAGAUGGUCCCCGAGCUGGAGGACCUCGAGCGCAAGGGCCUGCUGACCUCCGCCGAGGUCAAGAUGGUCGUCAAGAAGCGCACCCAGUUUGAAUAUGCACUCCGCAGGCGCAUCACACAGAAGGUCGACUACCUGCGCUACAUUGCGUUCGAGCUCGGCCUCGAGGAGCUCAGAAAGCAACGCAAGGUUCGAUUGGGCAUCACACGAACAAACGCUCCAAGCGACUUUGCCAUUGUGCGUCGCGUCCACUUUAUCUUCCACAAGGCGCUGCGCAAGUUCCGCAGUGACAUGCAGCUGUGGCUCGAGUACUUUGACUUUUGCAGGAAGACGUCGAGCAGCAAGCUGCUGGGAAAGGCGAUUGCCAUGGCGCUCCGCUCGCACCCGCAGCAAGAGCGACUCUGGGUCAUGGCUGCCAAGCACGAGUUUGACGACAAUUCGAACGUGACUGCGGCGCGCGUGCUCUUGCAGCGCGGGUUGCGCAUGAACGACGCGUCCAAGCUGCUUUGGCGGGAGUACUUUCGUCUCGAGCUCUUGUUUGCCGAAAAGAUUCGCGCGCGCCAGGCCAUUCUCAUGAUGGAGCCAAGCAGCGUGUCUGCGUCUAACAAGAAGAAGAGCAGCAAAUCCAAGCAACAGCAAAAGGGGCAGGAUGAUGAGCUCGAUAUCGACGACAACGACGGCGAGGAAGGCGUCGCGCUCGAGCAGCUUCCCGAAGAGCAAGCGGAUGGACCACUGGUGAAGGAUCCGAGGCUUGCCAUGACCACCUCCGAAGACUUCAUGUCGUUUGACACCAUGGCAGAGGAUGACGACGAAGAGACGGAUGCUGCCAGCGCGUUGGAGCGCACGUUGGCCGCCAAGCCGGCUGCGACCUCAAAGUCGGCUGCCACGCCCAAUGCCCUUGCUUCCAUUACUAGCAACACCAUCCCAAAGAUUGUGUACGCAAACGCCGUCAAGGCCAUCAAGGACGAUAUCGACUUUCGACUCGAGUUUGUCGACAUUUACAGCAAAUUUCACAAUGUUGCCGAUGGUAUUGACGAUGUGCACGCAUCUCUACUCGCCGAUCUGCCGCAUGCACCGCAGACAUGGGCGGUCUUGGCGCAGCGCUGCAUCGACGGCCUCGCUCCUGUUCCUGGGCAACUCUUGUCUGCUGGCAUUUCCUCCACAACCCCGGCCAAAGGCCAGCAACGUGGGAAGAGUGCUGCCACACCCGCAGUGCUCUCUGCAUACACAUCUCUUUCACCCGAGGAGCAGCUCGCCUGUGCCACGUUCGAGAAUGGCCUGACCAAGGCAGAGGCACCAGCAGCGGUCGGUGUUUUGUUUGCCCAAUUGUUGCGCCAACGGAUUGCCAUGUCCACUGGCGAGGCUCGCGACGUGCUGCUCAAUGUGCUGCUCACGCUCUGCUCGUCGUCUGUCGAGCGUGGCUUUGCCUCUGCGGCGCUGUUUGAGGUUUGGGCAGCCGUGCUCCUGGCUCUGGACAAGGCCACCGAAGCGUUGCACGUGCUCGAGCAAGCGACCGUCAAGUUCCCGCAAGAGGUGUCAUCAUGGCGGCAGUAUGUAUCGCUUUACAUCCGCCACCACCGAAGUGCUUCCAGUGACCAAGUCAAGCGUCUCUUUGAGCGCGCCGAGUCGAGUGUUGGUGACAAGAAUGCCAACGAGCUGGCGCUGCUUCAUGUGGAUGCAUUGGAAUCGCUCCAGGGCAGCACGGCAGACAUUGUUCAAGUGUUCCAGAGCGCGCUGCGAAAGACUCGACCAGGCUGCAACGAGCUCGCCUGCACCUAUCUUCGGUGGUGCGGCACACGAUCCGACCCGCUGAUCUUGAAUGCUGCUGUCGACUUCCUAUUCACCCAGCUCGGCUGGACUGCCAACUUUGACGUCUAUCAAUGCAUCUUGCGGCUCGAGCUUGAGCGACCAGUGCUGGAUGCUGCUCGCAUGUGGUCGCUGUUUGACCGCGCCUGUCGAGUCCACGGCGCCCAUCAUCACGAUGUGAAACAAAAACACAAAUCGCUAGAUGUGUGGCUGCAGGCGAUUCAGCUUGCGACCGAGCUCGGCGACGGCCAUGAAGACGCUCCGAUCCAACCGCAACGAGUUCAUUCGGCUCCACAAUCUCGCCUCCCUCCGACGAUAGCCUGUUUGUUGAAUCGGCCGACGGCUGAGGUGUUUGUGGUUUUUGUUAUUGAUUCACAAAGAAAACAAAAACACAAUGCUUUUCGCCUUGCUCUCGUUUGCUCAGGCUCGUCUACCCCUUCACUCUUGCUCGUCUCGCUCACUCAAUGUUACACUCGUACUGGUCUGCGUACUCGUCCCCACGCUCCCGCCCCCGCUCCCUUGGCUUCGUCAUGGCCCGCCUUAGCUGAAAAGCGGAACAAAAAAAAAAAAAAGAAACUAAAAAC